CAGCCUUAGAGCUUCUCAGAAUGGCUGCCCAGAUGACUCCUGAUGAGAAAUACACUCUCAUCACCCGUGGUCUCCAAGAAGUCCUCGGUGGUGACCAAAUCAAGGCUAUCCUCGAAGCCAAUGAGCGUCCCCUAAAGCUCUACUGGGGUACCGCCCCCACUGGCCGUCCUCACUGCGGUUACUUCGUCCCCAUGGUCAAGCUCGCCGAAUUCCUCCGCGCGGACGUCGAAGUCACCGUCCUCCUCGCUGACAUCCACGCAUUCCUCGAUAACCUCAAGGCACCUAUCGAACUUGUCAAGCACCGAGUCGAGUUCUAUUCUAGGGUUGUCAGGACAAUGUUGGAGUCGCUGGGUGUUUCGACGGAGAAGCUGAGGUUCGUGACUGGGUCGAGUUAUCAGUUGACGCCGGAGUACUCGAUGGACACAUACCGUCUCGCCGCCCAUGUCACCGAACAUGACGCCAAGAAGGCCGGAGCAGAAGUCGUCAAGCAAGUCGAUUCAGCUCUCCUCUCCGGUCUCCUUUACCCCGGUAUGCAAGCCCUCGACGAAGAAUACUUGGGCUGCGACGCACAGUUCGGCGGAGUGGAUCAACGCAAGAUCUUCACCUUUGCGGAAAAGUACAUGCCGACCCUCGGAUACAAGAAGCGUGCGCAUCUCAUGAACCCAAUGGUCCCCGGCCUCGCAGGUGGAAAGAUGUCCUCCUCAGACCCAAACUCCAAGAUUGACGUCCUCGACGACGCCAAAACUGUCAAAAAGAAGAUUGGUGCGGCAUUUUGCGCUCCUGGUGAGGUGGAAGGCAACGGUGUCCUCGCCUUUGUCAAGAACGUUCUCUUCCCCGUUUACGCCCUCCGCUCUCAAUCCUCUGGUGAAUCCCAAGAAGGCUUCUACAUCAACCGCCCCGAACAAUACGGUGGCCCGAUCUCCUUCCGCACCUACGAAGCUCUUGAAGAAGCCUACGCAUCCCAAUCCCUAACCCCCAUGGACCUAAAAUCCGGUGUAACGGACGAGAUCAACAAACUCCUCAAACCAAUUCAGGAAUUUUAUGUCGCGGAUAAGGAGUGGCAGGAGAUUGCGGAGAGGGCGUACCCGGUGGAGGGAGGGAAGGCAAAGAAGGAGAAGAAGAAGAAGGAUAAGGGUAGUAGGUACCCCGGAGGUGGUGCGGAGAUGAAGGAGGUUGGGGGGAGUGUUGAGGAGGCGAUGGGGCAGUUGAAGGUUGGGCAGCAGUAG